AUGGAACUGCAGGACCAGGAAUCUCUGGGUAGGUGGGAUGGUUUGAGCAGCCGCGAUGCUAGCUCCAGGGAUGCAGCUAUGGACCUCAUUCAGCAGGAGGUUCUGAAGAAGGUGGAGGCCAUAGAACCCAUACCUGCUCCGUCUCCUCCUGCCUCAGGAAGCCCCCAACGCUGUGACCUCAACGACAUCUUGGCCCACCUCCUGAUGCUGUCCAAACGCUGCCCCUUCAAAGAUGUCAAAGAACGCAGCCUCUGCCUUCUGCAAACCGUCCAGGUAAGAAAUAUGCAGCACAAAUGA